CACCCACCCCCACAUCUCUCUGUUGCUAUCGAGAACCCACAGGACAUCAUUGUUCAAUCCGCUAGACCAUAUGGUCAGAGAGCCGUGCUCAAGUUUGCCCAGUAUACCGGAACUCACGCCAUUGCCGGAGAUCACACUCCUGGUACAUUCACUAACCAGCUCCAGACCUCUUUCAGUGAGCCACGCCUCCUCAUAUUGACUGACCCACGAACCGAUCACAAGCCCAUUAAGGAAGCUGCACUCGGAAACAUACCGACAAUAGCUUUCUGUGACAUUGAUUCUCCUAUGAGAUACGUUGAUAUCGGUAUCCCCGCUAACAACAAAGGGAAACACAGCAUUGGUUGUUUGUUUUGGCUUUUAGCCCGAAUGAUUCUUUAGAUGCGGGGUGUGAUCAAUCAAGGACAUAAGUGGGAUGU